AUGAACGAUUCUGCCAUUCAAAUCUUAGAGGCAGCGGCACAAAUUUUGAUGGCACCACCAAACCUGGUUACAUCAGAACAACGACAUCAAGCUGAAAGUGUAUUUUUGGAAUUUCGUACAACUAAAAAUCCUUAUGAACUGUGUAGAGACAUACUUGAGAAGUCAACCUCAGAUUAUGUGUUAUUUGAGGCAGCAGGUCUGAUAAAAUCAGGCCUUAUUAGAGAAUGGAGUUUGUUAUCAAAAGAAGAUACAUGUUCAAUAAGGGAGUAUUUGCUAAAUUAUCUAUUAAAAAAAGAAAAUCCCCCUUUUUUGAAAGAAAGAUUAUUGCAGACCAUCGCCAUAAUCAUAAAAAGAGGUAGUGUUGAUGAUGGAGGCAGAGAAAGAAAAGCAUUAUUGGCUGAAUUAGAAAAAAUAAUUUUAAGUUCCCCAAUCAGUCAACAGAAACUGGCAUGCUCAUUGAUUUUAGCAAUUAUGCAAGAAUUUGCAAUCACUGUCAAAUCAGCUGAUGUCGGAUUAAUAUGGGAAGUACACUUCCGCUUAAAGAAAUCAUUUGAAACAAUAAAUCUGAAACGAAUAUUUCGAUUUACAAUUGGAGUACUUGAGCAAAUAAUUCGUUCUGGUCAUCCACCCGAAGGAGAACAAGCUAUGCUAAUUAAGCAGUUGAUAACGAUAAUUGAAACAAUACUAUGUUGGAGCCAUGUCUCUCCAUUACUAUCCAAAAGGUUGAUUGGUGCUUUUGAAGCAAUUUAUGAAAGUGAAACUGCACCGGCCUUGCGACUAAGUGUGAAUUGGCGUGACACAAUUAUGAAACCAGAGCUUAUAGCAUUGUUCUUUGAAUUACAUAUUUAUGUACGUUCCAACCCAGACUUGGCGAAUCCUUCACUAACAUGUCUGGUGCAGUUGGCAAGUUUAAGUGGAGUUGUAGUCUCAGCUAGCAAUUUAAAACAGCAGUACUUAGAAAACUAUGUUAAUUAUUUCCUGCGAAUGUUGUCUUUCAUUCAACCAGUCGAAAGAGAAAUGUUGGGAAUUGCGGAAAUUUAUCGAAGGUUAAUACAGUUUUUUACUCCCGCUAUGAUAGCAGCGACCCCACCGGCUUUCCUCCAAUAUUUGACGACAUAUACAUGCCACUGUAUCAGAGGGUCGAUUAUAGAAGAAGGUAUAAAUGAAGAUACAUUAUUACGAGAGGCUUUGAACAAGUUUCUACAUAGCUGGAGUUCUCUAGUGCACGAUUCAGAUGGAUACUCAAAUGAAACAUUGCAAAAUCCAUGUAUAGAAGUAUUUAAUACCUACCUACAAUGUAGAUUAGCUCCACCAGAUGGCACAAGGGGAUUAGAAGUAAAGGAUGGAUGUGGCGAAGACAUCAAGGAAGAUAUAGAGGAGGACGAGCGGCAGUUGUACAGCGACGUGCUGAUGACGAUCGGCGCGAUGGGCAGGAAGGCACCCGUUCACUGCUGUCACGUGCUCUUCACACUGCUGCAGGAUAGGAGCAAGAGAUUAGAAAGUCAACUGCAUUUGUUGCACUUGGGCAAGUUACCAGUGAAUGGCGGCGAGCAACUUGUCACACUGUUCGAAGAUUUGCAUUGGAUUCUAAUGAUCAUUGGUCACUUCUUAGCCGUAGACUGUUCCGGAAGUGAGGCCACUGUACCACCAGAGUUAAUGCAAUAUAGCAUAAAGGAAAAUGCCAACAUAGACGCAUCAUUACGGUACUUAGUCGGCGAGACCACUACUCCAGAGAACAUUGAUCCUAUAAUAAAAUUAGUUGGCGCCAUUCUACGUAUCAGCGAAUGGGAAUGCGCGGCUUUGGAAGCUGGACUUGGGAGUGUUUUCAGCCCAGAACUUUCCGCGACCAUAUCAUGGUUGCUGAAGAUUUGGGCCAAUUCUUACUUAAUGCUGGAUCCAGCUGAGUAUAGUGAAAUGUCAGCAGUAAUAGAGUGCGCAUUUAGACAGGAGUCGACCGCAGCGGCAUGGGUAGUUCAGAGGCUGGCGAAGCGUUCUAGCGUCGUGUUGAAGCACCUUGCGGCCCAGCCAGUAGCUGCCAAGCAUGCCUUACAACUGCUGGCACACCUCACCAAUGCACAUCCUAAUAAGAACCAGUUGGCAAGCUGUGAAGAGUUCAUGGCCUUAGUGGCGUGGGAGGCCUCGGGUAGUAAUCUACCAGGAGAGUCGAGGAAGGAGUUACAUAGAGUGUUUGCACGAGUUGCUUCUUUUACAGAUGGCGAAGCGAAAAACCGACUGUUAGCCAGCACAGCAGCACUACAACAAAAACUGAUGAACCUGAUAAACAUGGAUACAGACACGGAGCCCGUCAGAAACAUGCUUGCUGAUACACUCGAUUGCUUCCUUGGUGUUUCUGAAGGAAUGCUUGAGUUUGGGACGAUGGACGAUCAACUAACAAUGUUAUUUGGUGCCUUAGAUAAGAUUCCUGGAAUCAUAUUCAAAUAUCACAACUAUCCUGGAGUGGUGCUGCCGGCGCUUAAUUUUCUUUCGAAGAGUGCAAAGAACGCAAUGCAUUCGCAGCAACGAGACACUGUCAAUAAAUUCGUAGAUAUUUGCAAUACGACUUUCGAAGUGUAUGCUAGAUGGAAUUCGGGAAAAAUUUCGAGCAUUCCACAAGAUGCGGAAGAAGAAGCUUAUGAGGAUACAACGGCGCUGAUGGAGCUGGUGCGGUGGCUGGCGUGCGGCGAGCGCGGGCGCGGCGCGUGCGCGCGCGGCCUGCGCCUGCUGCUGCCGCUCGUGUCGCCCGCGCUGCUGGCGCUGCCCGCGCUGGCGCAGCGCGUCUUCCGCCUGCUGCGGGACCUCGACGCCGCCGAGGAGCUUACUAUCCUUCCCAUCGAAGACUUCAACAUGGUGAUCGCAGCUCUCCGAAUCGGUUUGACAGCUGUCUCUAGUGACGUGUCGACGUUAUGUUGCGAAACAAUAGUUGGACUGUCAAACAAAGCGCAAAUGAUGGGGGAGGACGAUCAAUACUCACUAUCAUUGUUAACACUAGCGGAAUUAUUAUUGAUGCUCAUAAUAAAGAUGGAGAUUCCGCCCGAUUCGAUUCCAGCCGCUGGUGCAGCGAUAUAUUCAUUGACUUGCGUGAAGCCUUCCCUUCUAGAAGGUUUAGCCCGACAAGUUAUUGAAGCUUUUGCCGCCAAUGAUCCCGCCAACGUGCCGCGAUUGGAGGACGCCUUUAGGCUUCUAACUAACGGAGUGCUCUUUGACGGUUAUAGACCUCACAAAAUUCGUUUCCAAGACAACUUCGAUAAGUUCCUAGCUAGCGUGCAUGGUUUCCUUAUCGUGAAAUAA